AUGUCCUUUCAAUCCGUCAAUCAGGCACAAAAACAUCUGGCCUGGGACAACAGCCUUCCACACGUCGUCACCAUUGAGUCUGGCGAAACCGUUAUCUUCGACUGUCCCGACGCAUCCAAUGGGCAAUCACGUCAAACCACUGUCGCAGACUCCCUCAAACCCUCCGGCUCCACCACCCUCGACCCAGUCUCCGGACCCAUCUACAUCACCGGUGCAAAAGCCGGCGACGUCUUACGGGUCGAAGUUUUGAAGCUCGAGACGGCCGACUGGGGAUGGACUGCGGCGCUGCCGGGAUUUGGGCUUCUAGCAGAAGAGUUCGAUGCCGAGGGUCUGACGCCGGCACUGACAAUCUGGAAACUGGAUCGGGAGAACGGCUGGACUUCGUUCGAUGAGGAGAAGGGUAUCCGUAUUCGCUUGCGACCGUUUUACGGAGAGAUGGGGGUGGCGCGGAGUGAGCUAGGCAAGCAUUCAACUAUACCGCCUUACAACACUGGCGUUAACAUCGACACGCGACAUGUGGUCGCCGGCUCAACGUUGUAUCUCCCUGUGGAGGUCGACGGAGCACUAUUCUCUUGCGGUGAUGGGCAUGUCGCUCAAGGUGACGGUGAGGUCGCAGGGAGUGCCAUCGAGCCCCCUAUCAAGGCCACUCUGCGCUUCACGGUGUUGAAAGACAAGAAGCACGUCAAGACCCCUCACAUCAAGACGCCGCCGGCGCCCGCGAGUGCGGCGGGCGAAGAGCACUAUAUCACAACUGGCGUUGAAUCGAAUCUUCUCGACGCCACGAAGGCUGCCGUGCGAUACAUGAUCGACACCCUCGUCGCGGAGAAGGGCUUGACUCGUGUUGAGGCUUACUUCCUUUGCAGCGUCGCUGGUGAUCUGCGGUUGCACGAGGUCGUCGACAUGCCCAACUACGUGGUUGGCAUGAUGAUGCCCUUGUCGAUCUUCGGUCACCAGGCGAUGUAG